UGCUCCCGUGUAACAUGUUCCUGUCCUGUCUGCAGGGAUCCAUAUUCUCCAGGUGAUGUACGGCUGUGAGCUGAGAGAUGACGGCACCACUGACGGGUAUUUCCAGCACGGAUAUGACGGGAGAGAGUUCUUGUAUCUGGACACAAAGAAUGGGAUCUACAUCCCGACCAUGACCGAGGCUCAGAUCACCACACAGAGAUGGAACAGUCCGGAGGAGAGAGUGGGGGAGAGAGACAAGAAUUAUCUGGAGAAUAUCUGUAUUCCUGCACUGAGGAGAUACAUGGAGUACGGGAGAGAAGAUCUGGAGAAGAGAGUGCGUCCAGAGGUGAAGGUGUGGGGCCACCGACAGUCCGAUGAUGUGACAAGGCUUCAGUGCCUGGUGUACGGGUUUCACCCCCGAGCUGUGGAGGUGAAGUGGGUGAGGAAUGGGGUAGAUGAUGUUCCUUCAGGUGAAAUGAGUUCAAUUCUCCCCCAUCCUGACGGCACCUAUCAGAUCAGAGUCAGUGUGGAAGUGCCAACAAAGGAGGGAGACACUUACUCCUGUCAUGUGGACCACAGCAGCCUGGGGGCUGAGACUCUCAGUGUGAUAUGGGAACCUGAAAAUGGAUCCUCAAUGACUCUGAUUAUUGCCAUCGUCUGUGCUGUCAUUGCCGUCGCUGUUGGCGCUGGUGUUGGAUUCUUUUUCUACAAGAAGCGGGGAGGCGGCUACAAGACCACCAGUACUUCAGAUACCAAUUCUGACUCCUCCAACAACGCGAACUCCCCUAACAACCCGAAAGCCUGAGCGUACCCCGGAGGUGUAUUAUGUGAGGACAUCGCAGGAGGAAGAGGAGAUACAACUUUUCUCUAUGCAGAUUCUGUCUAUUCCGCUCGUCUUCUGUCUGCUUUUAUUAAUACAUUUGAUGUCAUGUAAUUUAAAGAGAACCUGUCAUGUAUUCUAAUCCGUUGGCUUGUGAUUGGCAUAAAUUUGAAUGUAAAAUGAAGGUACACCUAUUGUAUAAAGAUUAACAGAAACCCAUCCCCUCAUAGAAGUAUUUUGCCCACAUCGGUGAAAUCAUCAUGGCUGACAAUGUGGCACCUUCUAGAUAUAAAGAAUUGUAGAAUAGUAAUUAUUCAUGUGCAGGUUCCGCUGAUCGGAUCAGUGCUGUCUGUACUU